UCUCCACGCCCCCGCUAACGCCUGGGAUGGGGCGCCCCUGAUGGGAAGCCCCUCGCCCCAGUCUGCCCCCCGCAGUAGAGCUCUGGGCGUGGAGUUUUGGGGACCGCUCUUAGUAUUCCCCUAAGCCCUCAUGGGGUGGUAGGGUCUCAGGACUCCCGGGGCCGGGGCAGGGGGGAAGUCAGAGGGUGCAGCACUCCCGUCGGGGCGCGGGGCGCCGCGGGCCACCUGUUGCGGCGCAGUGGGGGCGGCCGAGGCUCACCUGCGCGAGGGCCGGCCGAGGGCGGGCGGGCGGCGGGCGCACAGCUGAGCCCAGGGCCGCCGCCUGGCCCGCGCCCCGGGCUUCCGCCAGGUCAGCUGACCGCCCAGUGCGGAACUACGCGCCCGGCCCGCGCUGCCCCCGUCGCCGCCGCCGCCGCCACGCUCCGCGCCCUGCACUUGGUGCCGCGCGGCCGCCCCGUCGCCAUGGCCGGGCUUGUGGUCAGUGGAACUCAAGUGUCCUACAUAGGCCAGGACUGCAGAGAAAUUCCAGAGCACCUCGGCAGGGACUGUGGACAUUUCGCAAAGAGGCUCGAUCUAAGCUUUAACCUUUUGAGGUCACUGGAAGGACUGAGUGCGUUCGAGAGCCUGGAGGAACUCAUCUUGGACAACAAUCUGCUCGGGAACGACCUCGUGUUGCCAGGGUUACCCAGGCUCCAUACCUUAACCCUCAACAAGAACCAAAUUACUGACUUGGAGUGUCUGCUUGAUCACCUGGCAGAAGUGACACCAGCUCUGGAGUAUCUCAGCCUGCUGGGUAAUGUGGCAUGUCCCAAUGAGCUGAGCAGCUUGGAAAAGGAUGAGGAAGACUACAAGAGGUACAGAUGCUUUGUUCUGCACAAGCUGCCCAAUUUGAAGUUUCUGGAUGCUCGAAAAGUAACUAAACAAGAACGAGAGGAAGCUUUGGUCAGAGGGGCAUUCAUGAAGGUGGUGAAGCCCAAGGCUUCAAGUGACAGCGUUGCUACCUCUCCAGAGUGCCACUACACACCCCUGCCUUCUGCUUCCAGGGAACUCACCAGUCACCGAGGCCCCAUGAGUUUUAAAGCAGCCUCCACUGCUCCACAUGACUCUACUUUACGCAGAAAAAUUGCUUCUGGAGACAGAGAUGGGCCUCCUCUUUUUCCCCAACUUGUCUGGAGAUCAAGAAGGUGUCCUGGGGAAGUGUCGCUAUAUUUACUAUGGGAAAAACUCAGAGGGCAACAGGUUUAUCCGAGAUGACCAGCUCUGAAGGCAAGUUCUGUAUGCCUUAGCCCAUGUUGUGAGAAUAAAAGAAAAAGAGAAAGUAAAAAUAAAG